AGAACUAACUGGCAGUAUUAUCAUGGACACCGUCACUGUCGACCUCUCCAUCCAUCUCCGGCCUCCUCCUCCUCCUCCCUCCUCCUCUUUCUCAGUGUGGAAGCGUCACGACACCUCUUGAAUCCCGUGGCUUUUCGAGUGAGGCUCCAUUGAAGAGCACAUGUGAACCGUCUGCCUAAAACAACCCGGGGGUAACGAAUAUAUUUGGGGGAAAUCAACUCUCCCUUGUGCUUCUACGUUUGUUUUCACUUGGUGAGCAGUUGCGCGUAAAGUAGCGCAACAAAUUGCCGCCUCGCUGGCUUAUCAAACACCGCGCUGGCUGGAGCUGAAGCCAUUGCUGGUUGGAGAUGAAAGGAUGCGGCUGACUUCAGAGGUGCAUGAUAUAAUGGACAUGCUGUAGCUCUGGCCACAGUGAAGCUCAUUGGGACCAGCUUGGAUCCAGUAGGGUUUCAGAGGUUCCAGUUCACCUCCAGGCACUGCCAUGGACUUCUUUAAUGAUCCCAACCUCUUUGUUGGGAGUUUGGAAGGGCUGGAUGAUGAUGGCUUCCCCUCAGCACCUUCACUUGUGGAUGAGCUAAACCUUAGUGCUGACUUUGAGCCCCUCCAAGUGGGGCCUCUUGGUCCAGCGAAGCACCAAGACAUGAUUCCACCAGUGUCAACCCAACAAACCAUGCCUGUUUACGGUGAGCAGAUGGGUCACUACAUCGGUGUUAAGGGACAGAAUCCAAUGGCAUUUUCUGGUCCUGGGGGCCAAGGUGGUGGAGGCGGGGCCAUGAAUGUCGAUCAGCAUGGUCAGUACCACAAUGUCGCCAUGAGCCAAGUAUCCCAAUCCAAUGGGCUCUACUGUAACAGUAGCAGUCCAAUGUGGGGAAACCAAGACCAGAAUGGGAUUAUGUACCACCCCUUAUCUCAACAGCAACAACAGCUUUGUCAUCAGCAGCAACUACAUGUCCGUCAACAACAAACACAGCAGCAGCAACAGCACCACCCGUGUCAGCAUCCACAACAGCGGCAGCAGCAGCUGCAUCAACAGCAAAGCCAUCGGCAGCAGCUGUUAAACCAGCACCAGCACGAGCACCAUCAAAUUAACACGCAGACUUUGUCUUUGCAGCAACAGCAGCAGCGUAACUUCUCCUUUCAUCAGGGGGGUCAACCUCAGAGCCAACAGCAACUUCACCAUACUCAGCAGGUUCAACAUCAACUCGCUGUUGGAGGACCAAGGUUCCAUUCAAGGGCUCUACCAAGUAAGCCCUAUAUGGAGCAGGAGAACGCUUCUCUGGGUGGGACAUGCUUACAACCACAGCAGCAACAGGGGAGCUACCGGCUGACUAGGGGAGGUCAAGCUUUCUCUGGAUCAGGACCCCAAGAUCCUAACCUGUCCUUUCCCAUGCAUUCAUCAUCUAUGGUUCACUCCUUGCCCACAUGCUCUGUCAGUUCCGCCACUGCUUACCAACCGGCUCAGUACCCUGCAUACCCUGGAGAGCCUGAAUUAUCCCCUCUCUCUCAGCAGCCCACAGCCUUAGCGUCUAGGCCCAACACCACCACCACCGCACCACUCACUACUACAGUGCUGGAGCUAUCAGGGACAGUAUGUCAGUUUCCACCCACAGCUGUUAUGAGUCAGCGGCACUCUAGGACUUCAGUCAGCCAGGCAGAGGAAUGUCCCUUCCGGGCCCAAAGUAAGCCUGGGGAAACCCAAGGCAACUGCAAGUCAACUGAGAUGUUUGGUGACUCUAUGAGCUGCUACCCCAGCAUCAUGAACCACCUGCCCUCGGAGCAGCCCCAGAGCUGCAGGGCCAUCAACACUAAUGGAUACCAAGCACAGGGAGACAAUCUCCUGCAAUCACAGGCACAGGAUGGAGACUUGGAGAGCCUGGAGCCUCCUGACCUCCUGCCUGACCUAAUGCCCCAGCUGGAGGCUGCGCUCAGCCAACAGGAUGAAUCCAACUGUUCCUGGCCCAAGCCCUGCCAGGAGAGGGGAGAAGAGGAGAGGAAACCCCCACCUGUGGAGAUCAGAGGAGGGAAGCCUCGGAAGAAUGCCAAUGGUCCCAGUAGCCAGGUACGGGUCCUUAGUCCCCCACUGAAGAGCAGCUCAUCGUCGUCCUCUUCGUCCUCAUCAUCUUCAUCCUCAUCCAGCUCCCCAGCGGAGAAGAGGUCGCAGCGGAGGACGCAUCAUCCGAUGGAGUCAAACCUACUGGAGAAGCAGGAGAAGGCAAACAGAAUAAUAUCAGAGGCUAUCGCUAAGGCCCGGCAGCGCGGGGAGAAGAAUAUCCCCAGAGUUAUGAGCCCUGAGAGCUUCCCCAGCUCCUCGUCACAGCACAAGAGCCACCGUGACCGCGAGCACAAAGGAAACGGCAAAGCACGGCCAAAAGAGAAGGUAUCCAGGAAGGUCUGCAUUGUACCCUCCUCCAAGCCCAAGCAGAAGGCCAAGAUCGGGAAAAUUGUCAUCAAGAUUGGGAAGAAGAAAAAACGAAAGCCUGAGUCUUCAGAGGAGGAGUCGGAUGAUGACCCUCCCACUCGACACACUUCUAAAGAUGUCGACUCUAAGAGGCGAUCUAAUCGCCAGGUGAAGAGAAAGAAAUACGCUGAAGAGCUGGAGGCCAGGUUGUCAGAUGAUGAAGUCAAGGUUAUUGUCAAAGCCAAGAAAGCAGCAUCGAAGGAGUCUUCUCUUCAACUCUUUGUAGAGAAUCCAAGUGAAGAAGAUGCUGCAGUUGUCGACAAAAUCAUGUCCUCACGCAUCACCAAAAAGGAGGUCUCUCCAGGCAUGGUGGUCGAAAUGGAGGAGUUCUUUGUAAAAUACAAAAACUACUCCUACCUACACUGUGAGUGGGCCACAGAGCAGCAGCUGGUGAAGGACAAGAGGAUUCAGCAGAAGAUCAAACGUUUCAAGAUAAAACAGGCACAGAGGGCACUCUUCUUUGCAGAUAUGGAAGAGGACCCCUUUAACCCCGACUAUGUUGAGGUAGACAGAGUACUGGAGGUGUCAUAUUGUGAAGACAAAGACACAGGAGAGGAGGUGGUGUACUACCUGGUGAAGUGGUGCUCUCUGCCAUACGAGGACAGCACCUGGGAGCUGAAAGACGACGUAGAUCAGAGCAAGAUUGAGGAGUUUGAGCAGCUGCAGGCAGCUAAGGCAGACUCUCGCAGGAUGGAAAGGCCCCCGGCCAAUCACUGGAAGAAGAGGGAUCAGUCGAGGGAAUACAGGAACAGCAACAGCCUCAGGGACUACCAGCUCGAGGGGGUCAAUUGGCUCCUCUUCAACUGGUACAACAGACGAAACUGCAUCCUGGCAGACGAGAUGGGCCUGGGAAAGACCAUCCAGUCCAUCACAUUCCUAGAGGAGAUCUAUCGUGUGGGUAUUAAAGCGCCGUUCCUCAUCAUUGCCCCGCUCUCCACCAUAGCCAACUGGGAGCGCGAGUUCAGAACGUGGACCCAUCUCAAUGUCAUUGUCUAUCACGGAAGCAUGGUCAGCAGGCAGAUGCUCCAACAGUACGAGAUGCAUUUCAGGGAUACACAGGGCCGUCCGAUAAGAGGCGCCUAUAGGUUCCAGGCUGUUAUCACCACUUUUGAGAUGAUCCUUGGAGGAUGUCCUGAGCUCAAUGCCAUAGAGUGGCGCUGUGUUAUCAUCGACGAGGCCCAUCGACUAAAGAACAAAAACUGCAAGCUGCUAGAGGGCUUCAAGCUCAUGAACCUGGAGCACAAGGUCCUGCUGACAGGUACUCCUCUCCAGAACACUGUGGAGGAACUCUUCAGUCUGCUCCACUUCCUGGAGCCGGCACGCUUUCCAUCAGAAAACACCUUCAUGCAGGAGUUUGGAGACCUUAAGACUGAGGAGCAGGUACAGAAGCUUCAAGGCAUCCUGAAGCCCAUGAUGCUGCGUCGUUUGAAGGAGGACGUGGAGAAAAAGUUGGCCCCUAAAGAGGAAACCAUCAUCGAGGUCGAGCUCACAAAUAUUCAGAAGAAAUACUACAGAGCGAUCCUCGAGAAGAACUUCUCUUUCCUGGCUAAAGGAGCUGGACAGGCAAACAUGCCCAACCUGGUCAACACCAUGAUGGAGCUGAGAAAGUGCUGCAACCACCCCUACCUCAUCAAAGGGGCUGAAGAAAAGAUCCUGGAGGACUUCAGGGAGGUGUACAGCCCCACUGCCAUGGACUUCCACCUGCAGGCUAUGGUACAGUCUGCAGGAAAGCUGGUCCUUAUUGAUAAGCUGCUGCCUAAGAUGAAGGCUGGAGGGCACAGGGUGCUCAUCUUCUCCCAAAUGGUGCGCUGCCUGGACAUCUUGGAAGACUACCUCAUUCAGAGAAGGUACUUGUACGAGCGGAUAGAUGGACGUGUUCGAGGGAACCUGCGGCAGGCAGCGAUAGACCGCUUCAGUAAGCCCGAUUCAGAGCGCUUUGUAUUCCUCCUCUGUACAAGGGCUGGUGGCCUGGGAAUCAACCUCACUGCAGCAGACACCUGCAUCAUCUUUGACUCUGACUGGAACCCGCAGAACGACCUGCAGGCUCAGGCUCGCUGCCAUCGGAUCGGUCAGAACAAGGCGGUCAAGGUGUACCGUCUGAUCACCAGGAACUCGUACGAGAGAGAAAUGUUUGAUCGAGCCAGCCUCAAGCUGGGCCUGGACAAAGCAGUGUUGCAGAGCAUGAGCGGCCGGGAUAACAGUCUGGGAGGAGGCACUGGGGGAGGGGCUCAGCAGCAGCAGCUGUCUAAAAAAGAGAUCGAGGAUCUGUUGCGACGUGGUGCAUAUGGGGCAAUCAUGGAUGAGGAGGAUGAAGGGGCCAAAUUCUGUGAGGAGGAUAUCGACCAGAUUCUCCAGCGCAGGACAAAAACCAUCACCAUCGAGUCUGAGGGACGAGGGUCGACCUUCGCUAAGGCUAGUUUUGUGGCAUCUGGAAACCGCACAGACAUCUCUUUGGAUGACCCCAACUUCUGGGACAAGUGGGCCAAAAAGGCUGAUAUUGACAUGGAAAUGGUCAAUGGCAGAAACAGCUUGGUGAUCGACACUCCUCGUGUCCGAAAGCAGACAAGGCCGUUCAGUGCUACGAAGGACGAAUUAGCCGAGCUUUCAGAGGGCGAAAGCGAGAGUGAUGACACCAAACCGAAGCUCAGGCGAAACCACGACCGUCUCAACAGCUAUGGACGCACAGAGUGCUUCAGAGUGGAGAAGAACCUGCUGGUUUAUGGUUGGGGUCGUUGGAAGGAUAUUCUGAACCAUGGGCGGUUUAAGAAGCAGCUGACGGAGUGGGAUGUGGAGUCCAUCUGCAGGGCCCUGCUGGCCUACUGCCUGGUCCAUUACCGUGGAGACGACAAAAUCAAAAGCUUCAUGUGGGACCUGAUCGCCCCUACUGAGGAUGGACAAACCAAAGAGCUGCAGAACCACUUGGGUUUGUCUGCCCCGGUCCCUCGUGGCAGAAAGGGAAAGAAGAUGAAGACCCAGUCGAGCUCUUUUGACAUUCACAAAGCAGAGUGGCUGCGGAAACACAACCCAGAGCACAUGCUUCAGGACGAUGGCUACAAGAAACACCUCAAACACCACUGCAACAAGGUGCUGCUCAGGGUCAGAAUGCUCUACUACCUGAAACAAGAGGUGAUAGGAGGCCAGGCCCAGAACGUGCUGGAUGGCGCAGACUCCAGUGAGAUAAAGAUCUGGGUGCCAGAGCCCGACCAUUCAGAGCUGCCAGCCUUGUGGUGGGAUGCCAUCUCUGACAAGUGUUUGCUGCUGGGCAUCUUUAAGCAUGGUUACGAGAAGUACAACACGAUUCGUGCAGACUCGACCCUUUGCUUCAUAGAGCGGGUGGGCCGACCGGAUGACAAGGCCAUCGCUGCUGAACAGAGAGGCAAUGAUUUCAUGGAUGGGGAUGUGGACGAUCCGGAGUACAAGCCUGCUCCAGCCCUGAUGAAGGAUGAUAUGGAGGAUGACGCCUCUUCACCUGGAGACUUGGUUGUCACUGACAAUGCAGGAGAUGCAGUUCCAGUGACAGGAAAUGAAACCAUUUACUGGCCCUCAUCCUCGGUGCUGACCGCCAGGCUGAGGCGUCUGAUCACGGCCUCACAGCGCUUCACCAAGAGCCGGCAGAUCCUCCAAAUCCACCAGACUCAGUCUCAGACCCAGCCAGCCAUGAUACUGUCCGCUCCACUCUGCCCACUGCCCCCCACUCUCAACGACACCCUAAACCCCAAGAUGGUGGCUAAGAUUGAACGUCAGCAAAGAUGGACCAGAAGAGAAGAGGCUGACUUCUACCGUGUGGUCUCUACAUUUGGUGUUGUUUUUGACCCAAACCUGGCCCGGUUUGACUGGACCAAGUUCAGGGCGAUGGCUCGGCUGCACAAGAAGACUGACGAGAGCCUGCAGAAAUACCUGUGUGCUUUUACCGCCAUGUGCCGAAGGGUGUGUCGCCUGCCACCCAAAGAAGGAGACUCUGCGGUGGACCCGUCUCUGACCAUCCAGCCCAUCACAGAGGAGCGAGCGUCUCGAACUCUUUACAGAGUAGAGCUGCUCCGCCAGGUGAGGGAGCAAGUCCUCCGCCAUUCAUUACUGUAUGAGCGUUUGCCGCUGUGCCAGAUGAGCUCUGACCUACCGGUGUGGUGGGAGGCAGGCACUCAUGACCGUGACCUGCUAAUCGGGGCUGCCAAACAUGGCGUCAGCCGCACAGAUUACCACAUCCUGAGAGACCCCGAGCUCAGCUUCAUGGCUGCUCAACGCAACUACAGCCAAACGAAAGCUACACAUCAGCAAUCGCGCACAUCCACCCCGCUUCUACACCCUCAGUGCCACACCAACAGCUCAGCAGUGACAGGCUCACCGCUGCCUCCACCCGCCCCGAGAGACCCCGAGCCAGGUGCGGUCGUUCCCAAAGUGGAGCCAGCGUCAGAAGCGGAGGAAGACAAGGAGAAGCCAGGAGAGAGCUGGAGUCCUCCUCGAGCACCGGCUACUCCCACAGGUCUGGAGGAGAAGCCGGGUACUGAGGUGAAAGAGAGCGAGAAGAAGAUGGUGGCAGCACGAACCAAACCUCUCACACCCAACUCCUCCGAGAGGAAACCCAAGAAGGCCAGCAAGAGAGCGCGCAGGGAGGCGAGGAGAGGCUCAGAGUCUGACUCAGAUGGCUCCUCUUCAAGCUCCUCAUCACGCUCCUCUUCCUCUUCGUCAUCCUCCUCUUCUUCCUCGUCACAUACUGGGUCUAGCUCUUCCUCCUCUUCUUCAUCUUGCUCCUCUGGGUCUUCGUCGUCAUCCUCAUCAUCCUCAUCCUCUUCUGAUGAUAGUGAUAGUGAGGGAGAGGAAGGAAAGAAGAAAGUGCCUGCAGCAACAAUUGUAAAAGGUUUUGAUGAGGACAGUGUGGCGUCUCUGAGCACUACACAGGAUGAAACACAAGACACUCAUGUGGAUGAGAACGGCAUCAACACUCCCUCACAUCCUGUCCAGGGAGGAGGGUACAUGCUCGCUGCUUCCUACUGGCCAAAGGAUCGUGUGAUCAUCAACCGCCUGGACAGCAUCUGCCAGGCAGUGUUAAAGGGCAAGUGGCCUGGAACACGCCGAGUGUACGAGCCCGGAGGUGCAGUCGCCUCCUUCUACACCACCAAGCUCCUGGACAAUGCCAACAGCCUGAGCGAGGACCCCUCUUCCUCACCACAGGGGUCAAAGGUGACCAAGCAUGUUGCAGAAAACAAGGAGUUCUCAGUAAAACUCAACGAUCAGGAGGGAGGUCUUAAACUGACCUUCCAGAAACAAGGUCUACCUCUGAAGAGGCCCCUAGAGUCAGAGGAGGCUCCCCAGGCCCAGCAGCAGUACCUGGCCCGGCUUCAUGAACUACAGAGCGCCUCAGACACAGGCCUGGCCGACAUCACCAAGCCCCAAUGCAGCUUCCAACCUGCAGAUCUUACCGGUCAGAUGAGGCUAAACGGAGUAGUGGAUGGCCAGCCAGUAGUGAAGAGGAGGAGGGGAAGGAGGAAGAAUGUGGAGGGGAUGGACCUGCUCUUUAUGAACAGGAGUAGAGUUCCUCUUCCUGAGCAGGUGCCUCCUGGGUGGGGGGGUAUUGGCCAGGUGGGCAUGGCUGUGGCUCCUAUGCCAGGCUUCAGCCAGAGCGCCAAUCAGAUCCCAGGGGACACUGACAGUAGAGUCCCGGUCAUCAACCUCAAAGAUGGAACACGGCUUGCUGGGGACGACGCUCCAAAGAGAAAGGACCUAGAUCUGUGGCUGAAAGAGCAUCCCGGCUUUGUGGCAGACACAGGCGCCUUCAUCCCUGGGGUAAACAAGAUGCAGAUGCAGUUCCACUUCCAGGACGGUCGACCUAAGCAGAAAAGGCACCGCUGCAGGAACCCCAACAAGAUCGAUGUGAACAGCCUGACGGGAGAAGAAAGGGUCCAGAUUAUCAACAGAAGAAAUGCACGCAAGGUCGGUGGAGCCUUUGCUCCUCCUCUGAAAGAUCUGUGCCGGUUCCUUCAAGAGAACCCCGAGUAUGGAGUCCCACCUGAAUGGGCGGAUGUUGUCAAACAGUCGGGUUAUCUUCCAGAGAGCAUGUUUGACAGGAUCCUAACAGGCCCAAUAGUUCCUGAGGAAGUGAGCCGUCGUGGACGUCGUCCUAAGAAUCCUCUGGCCAAAGCAGCGUCAGCGGCGGCAGCAGCGGCGGCAGCAGCACCCAACCCAGCAGCCUUGGGUCUGAACCCUCUGCUUUCCAAUGGCCUCCUCUCUGGAAUGGACCUCGCCAGCCUGCAGGCCUUCCAGCAAAACCUCCAGAGCUUACAGUCCCUGCAGCUCACUGCAGGUCUAAUGGGGCUGCCAUCUGAUGCUAGCAACCUGGCUGCAAGUAACCUGGCUGCUAUGUUUCCCAUGAUGCUCUCUGGCAUGGCAGGAAUCCCAAACCUCAUUGGCAUGAGCAGUUUACUGGGGAAGCCUGCUCAGGAGAGUACUGGAGGCCCUGAAGAGGGGACAAAGGGAGCCAUCGGCGGUGUUGCAGGAGAGCCUUCAGCCUCUAAAGCCCCCUCUCACACCUCAGACACCAAAGGAGAAAGGACAGAGGGCUCAAACACGACCCCUUCCUCCACUUCCAGCUCCUCUUCCUCAGUCGCAGCCCCACAAAGUGCUUCAGCUGUUUCUGCAGCCUCUAGUCACCCACUGUCUCUUAACCCCUUGUUACUCUCCAGUAUGCUGUACCCAGGGAUGCUUCUCACUCCAGGCCUUAACCUUCCUGUGUCUGCCACACAGCUGCAGAGCUCAAACAGUGACCCCACCCUUUCUCCUGCUCCUCCUCCUCCUCCUCAGCCUGCAGCCUCUCAGUCAUUGCCACGGGAGACAGAGGUGCGAGCAGCAGACAAGGAUAAAGAGGAGGAUGACGAGGAGUUAGAGGAAGAUGAAGAAGAAGAGGAGUCAGCAGAGCAAAAAGAGAACAGUGGUCCUGAAGGUUCGGGGAAAGCCGAGUCAUCUUCAUCAGAGUCUGGGAGCUCCUCUUCCUCAUCCGAUGGAUCAGACUCCAGUGAUGAGGACUGACCUUCUGAAUAUAUAAUUAUAGAUUUAUUUAUGUAUUGCCUAGAAAUGUAUACAUAUAUUCACAUAUAUAUGGAUUUUCCAGCACUUAUGUUGCGAUUUCUUUACAUGUAAAUACAAGAACUAACUCAAAUGUUGUGUAAUAAAGACCACAAAAAUAUGAAAAAAACAGACAACUGACUUAAAGACACUGAAAUGAGAUUUCAGUUCUUGUUCAAUGGUACUUGUUUUGAGACAUUUUGCAUGUCAGACUUUAGUAGAUUUCUGAACUCUGUGAACUUGUACCACACGAUUAUGUACAAAUACAACAAAAAAAGGCAUUAUUGUAAUUAUGUCAGGAUUUAAUUUUAUUAAAAAAGUGAAACUACAUCAACAUGCUCGUUGAGCUGUACUAUUAAUAUAUUUUGAUUGUCAGGGGUUGGGAGAAUGAGACUUGACAAACACUUUGGUUUCUCUUGUACAUAGUAAGAACUUUUACAGGUUUGUUGACACUUAUGCUUUGCAGAUCAUACAUUAGAUAUGUCAGCAAUAACUUGGGCAGCUAAUGAAUGUCACUGAAGCUGUAGAUUCUCUGUCUGCCAUGUUCCAACCCAGUGCACAACUCAACCUCACUUCCUUUCAUAUCAUGUCGGAGAGUUAAUUUCUGCAUUUGUUCACAUCCUUUUUUUCGGGAAACAGAAUUGCCUGAAGCUCCCUAUUUAACAAAGCUUCAAAUGUAGGGGGGAAAUCUGUUCAAGUAUUACUUUCUUCAAACAAACAACAUAAGCUUGAAUCCGUCAAGGUAGAUCAAAAUUCUGCUGUGAUUAAUUUUUUUAAAGGCUUCAAAAAAAAAAGAAAACUCCUUAUUUUCACCAUCACCUUAAGAACAUGUCACAAGUCCAAGGCGCACUUUAGCUUCUCACAGUAAGCUUACUCCGUUCACUUGCACAUCUGUUGAUUUUAACUACAGUGUCUCAUUAACUCCUCGAGCUGUGGGGACAGAAAACAACCUUUUACUGUGUGCCAAAAACUGCCCUUUGACCUUGUUUGGUCCUGACAGAGUUUAGUGGUCUCUCUCAUGGAUAUUAUUACUACAGCCCCGCCGUAUUUGACUGCAUCUUACCUCGACUGUGCUAAAAUGAUUGGCUUCACUGUGCUGAUUUACAUGUGCAUAGGUGUGUCUUUUGCUGUCCAUGUACAUAAAGUCUUACUCUGCUAAAAUGUGUAUGUCAGAGGCUAUUUUUCUUUUCUUUUUUUGUUCUUACUGAGAGCUUCCACUGUGCUGACUUCUUUGGCUGGACUGCUUCUCUCACCUGCUUUCUACUGCUUCCACAACUGUUCAGUCUGAAUGUUGUCUCUAAAAUAGGGGGGCCUUGCAAGCCAGUAGAAAAUACGAUAUCAAUGUUUUAAACUUCAAACACUUCUGGAUUGGCAAUUUCAGUUCCUUUUUGGAUUCUGCAUUGCAUGUUCGCCUGUCUACCAAAGUCUUACAGAACGCACAUGGCACAAGCACAAAAUAGUUCAAAUCUUGCCUAUGAUUGUGGUGAUUGUCAUUGAUCGAGCAUUCAAUCUGACGCAUGCAGUGCCAGACAGGCUAAUUUCUGGAAAGGCGAAAUAUUGGCAGCAGCUGGUGUUGCUGGGCGUUUGCAGCUUGUUGUAUUUGUUUCACUCAGUGCUCGAAUUGUGUUUUAAAAAACAAAUGGAGCUUCAGCUAGGUGUAGAAGUGCCCUUAUCCUGUACCUUGCUCUAUCGUUCCUCUUCCGUCUGACUAAUGAACAGCUCAGAUUUGUGCUAAGUGUCCAUGUUUGUGCAUUUUUUCACUUAGUGCUUGGCUGUGUUUAUCAUUUUGUUCGUCAUCAUCUCUGCUCAUGGCAAUGUUCAGCUGUAACCAGGAUACACACAAACACUUGAGCCGAAGUACCUUUUUGUAACCCUCUCAAGCACAACAGUGCUUGCUCUAGGACUGCUGUUACACAGUGGACUGUUAGAUACACUUUUCAAAAUAAUUUCAGAGGUUCAGGUUUGUGUUUGAACUCACAGAGCGCCCCUCCAGUGUUGGUAAACCUCCACUGACUUAACUCAGUCUAUUUAGUUCUUAAGUACUGCUGUAGCAUCUAAUCUGGAGUGGCUGAAGACAUGUCUGAUCUCUAAUGUUGCUUUAAGCAGUUUUCUUAUAUGCCUGUUAUUUAGACCUCCUCAUGGGUUUUGCUUGCAAUGCAACAGCAUUUCUUUUGAUAUUAUUACUAACAGUACAGUAUUUUUCUAUGUCUGAGCAGUGAACUUAAACAUGCCACUGUCAUUUUUGUAUAUCUGCACCCCUGUUCUCUUUAAACUUGUAGUGCCCUUAUGCAAAACAUCCAGCCAUCGCUAUACUUCUGCUGUAGGUGAUCUGAUGACUUUUGCUACUUUUUGUUGCUCCGCGAUGAUGUGUUGAUGGAUUUAUGACAGUGCUAAACCUCUAUAGGACACAAAUGGAAACGAUGGCAGUCAUAAGAUUGGAUUUUUUUUUGCUUUCAUUUUGCUUACCUUGUUUUCUUAUUUUGUACUGUACAAUGAUUCGCAAGACAUUGCAAAUGCUAGAGAGGCAAUGUUGAAUCAGACAAAAGUAAACGAUGACCAAUAUGCAAGAGGAAAGACAAAACACACUACUGCUGUACAGGGAGGUUUUCUUUCAGUUUGCAUACAUGUAAUUACUGAGAUGACGAAACUAGCAUCAUUGGUUUGUAUUUUUAUUUCAGGCUUGAUAAUAUCCUAAAUGUCACCCUGGUCAGUUUUUUGUCUUGUUUUAUUUCAUUGAACAGUUGUAAUAUUUGCAAGUUGUGGUCUGUGUAGUCAAAAUAAUUCUUUAUGUAGUGCAGGACAACUUGUCUUAAAAAGUCGUUUGUAAUUUAUUGGAUUACUUUCUAUGAAGUUCUAUAGAGGAAAUUGAGGUUUAAUUAUUUUUAUUAAACAUAUUCUUCUGACUAUCA